CCAGAGACAGCCAUUGGAGCUCAUUGAAACCAAUACAAACUAAUAUUUCAAAAAGGUGAAUCAAAGAGAGCUCUCAUGGCUUCUAACAAUUUUCUUGUCAUCCUUGCCAUUGUGGCAGUUGUUCUUCCUUCACUCACCAUGGCUACUGAAUAUUGGGUUGGUGACUCUAGUGGCUGGACCAUUAACUAUGAUUACCAAGCUUGGGCCAUGGAUAAAGUAUUCUAUGUUGGAGACAAACUAGUUUUUAACUACACCAUGGGAAAUCAUAACGUUUUCAAAGUGAAUGCUACCAGCUUCAGCCAAUGCAUUAUCCCACCAUCAAAUGAGGCAUUGACCUCUGGGCACGAUAUCAUUCCCCUUAUGGUCCCUGGAAAAAAAUGGUACAUUUGCGGUGUAGGGCAGCACUGUGCUCAGUUUGGCCAAAAGCUUGUCAUCAACGUAGAAGGCGGAGCUCCAGCACCGGCCCCUAUGAAAAACUCUGCUCAUGGGAUACUAAAUUCUGGUUAUCAAUUUUUCAUGGCAGCAGUGUUAGCUGUGGCGGCCAUGAUUGUAGCUUGACUAAUAUGCAAUUUAGAUUGUUUAGAUCAACAAAUUUUAUAUUAUUCAUUAUUUUAAAAAUAAGACAUGGAAGCUGUACUGGCUGUGGUUGCUUUAAUUGUGGCUUGACCAAUAAGAUAUUCAGGUCACUUUUGAUCAACUGAUUCUAUGAGUACAACACCAUUUACAAUCUUUUGUAGCUCUUUUACUUGCGUAUUUAUGCAUUUUAUAUACUGUUAUGAUGAAUUAAUUCUUAAAUUUUGGAAAAUGAA